UCGUCUUUCUUCUUCUCUCUUUUCUGGAGUUUAGUUGGUCUUUAACCUGUAAAAUAGAACGGAAAUUCCAUAUAACAACUUGAAUCCAUAUGUAGAAAUGAACGGAACGGAGUCGAUUCUCGUAUAAAUUUCUCGAGUUUAGCAGUUAAGAUCAUACAGAAAAUCAUUUUCUUUCACCGAUGGAUCCCAUGGAGUCUUCUGGUGAACAGGACUCUGUUGACGAGAGUCAAAAGCUGGUUGACUCAUUGGACAAGCUUCGUGUUACUGCAUCUUCGAGUUUCAAGAAGAAACCUAUCAUUAUUAUUGUUGUUGGAAUGGCAGGUAGCGGAAAAACUAGUUUCCUUCAUCGUUUGGUCUGCCAUACCUUUGAUUCAAACAGCCGUGGGUAUGUGUUGAACCUUGACCCUGCUGUUAUGUCUUUACCGUUUGGUGCCAACAUCGAUAUAAGAGACACAGUUAAGUACAAGGAAGUUAUGAAGCAGUAUAAUUUGGGGCCUAAUGGUGGAAUCCUCACGUCACUCAACUUGUUUGCUACUAAAUUCGAUGAGGUUGUCUCUGUGAUUGAGAAACGUGCAGACCAGCUUGAUUAUGUCCUUGUGGAUACUCCUGGUCAGAUUGAAAUAUUCACAUGGUCUGCUUCUGGGGCUAUAAUCACUGAAGCUUUCGCUUCAACCUUCCCAACUGUUGUCACCUACGUGGUUGACACUCCACGUUCCUCCAGCCCAAUCACUUUUAUGAGCAACAUGCUCUACGCUUGUAGUAUUCUCUACAAGACCCGGUUGCCUCUUGUCUUGGCUUUCAACAAAACCGAUGUCGCAGAUCACAAGUUUGCUUUAGAGUGGAUGGAAGAUUUCGAGGUGUUUCAAGCAGCGAUACAGUCUGAUAACUCGUACACGUCGACCUUAGCUAACAGUCUCUCCCUUGCACUCUACGAGUUCUAUCGAAAUAUAAGAUCUGUUGGUGUUUCGGCAAUCACCGGUGCAGGAAUGGAUGGCUUCUUUAAAGCCAUUGAAGCCAGUGCUGAGGAAUACAUGGAAACUUACAAGGCUGAUCUCGACAAGAGAAAGGCUGAGAAGGAGCAGUUGGAAGAAGAGCGAAGGGAAAAGGAAAUGGAGAAACUAAGAAAGGACAUGGAGAGUUCUCAGGGAGGCACUGUAGUGUUAAGCACUGGUUUGAAAGACAGAGAUGCAGCAGAGAAGAUGAUGAUAGAGGAGGAUGAUGAGGACGUUCCGAUUGAAGAUGAAGAAGACAGUGAUGAUGCCAUAGAUGAGGAUGAUGAAGAUGAAGAGAUGAAUCGUUUUUACUUAUAAUUAAAAACUAAAAAAACCAAGUCUUUCAGACCUUUAUCAAGUGGCUUUAACUGGUUUUGUUCGUGACCUGCCUUGUUUUCGCAGCUGUGUAGUUAGACCAAGGAACUGAAUCUCUUUUGUAAGACACUGUCGAAUGAUCUAAAAACAAAUUAUAU